GGGUAUAAAGUCGAUGGUAUGGUCACCAGAGUUCAUCAGUCGACGCGGCAAAGUCAAGAGUGGAUUUUGUGGAUUAGCAGGAACACCGAAUCGAAGAUACACACAUUACAUAACCAUGAAGUUCUACCUGGGAUUGGCGGCAGUCAUAGUUGUGAUGGUUUCCCUGGCGAAGCCGGGAGAGGCCACCUUUGGCAAGCUUAAUCUUCUUCUGGGCGGAGCCACUACAUCUGGCUAUGGAUCUGGAUAUGGAUAUGGCGGCGGCUAUGGUUCCGGCUACGGCUAUGGAAGUGGCUAUGGAUCAGGAUAUGGCGCCGGCUAUGGAUACGCUCCCGAGAACGUGGUGAAGGUGAUCAAGGUGUCGGUGGUGCCAGGAGGUGGAAUCGGAGGAGGGUAUGGCGGAAGCUAUGGUGGAGGAUAUGGCGGCGGUUACACUGGCGGCUAUGGCGGUGGCUAUUCCACCGGCUUUGUGGGCGCUGCUCCAGCCAUAUCCACCUCGGCCGUGGUUACCCCAGUGGUCACUUCGGUGUCCACGCCGGUUGCCACUCCUGUCCUGGCCGGUGGAGCCGGCUAUGUGGGAGGAUUCGGUGGCGGUCUGGGCGGAGGAUUGGGUGGGUAUGGAGGCUCCUUCGGCGGUGGUGCCGCACUGCCCGCCUCCUACGGAUUUGGAGCUGGCUAUGGCGCCGGCGGCGGCUUUGGACUGGGAUUCGGUGCACCACCACCACCACUGGGCUUGGCUGGAGGACUCUGCUAGAGAACGACGAAGCCACAAUGUCAAGUGGUUAUAUUUUUUUUUGAUAAUUUUAAACAACGAUUUGUAAUUAAAAGUUAACGAUUUGUAAUAAAAUGUAUAAACGAAGUGAAUAGUGUUUGCUUUUAAGCUCACGAAGAGUAAU